GGGGCGGGGCGGCGGCGGGAAGGGGCGCGGGAAGCGCCGGGAGAGGCGGCGGGCGCUUACCAGAGAAGAUCAAGAUGAGUCUACGGAAGCAAACCCCCAGUGACUUCCUAAAACAAAUCAUUGGAAGGCCAGUUGUUGUAAAAUUAAAUUCUGGAGUUGAUUAUCGAGGUGUCCUGGCUUGCCUGGAUGGAUAUAUGAACAUAGCUCUGGAGCAGACUGAGGAAUAUGUAAAUGGACAGUUAAAGAACAAGUACGGGGAUGCAUUUAUCCGAGGAAAUAAUGUGUUGUACAUAAGCACCCAGAAGAGGAGGAUGUGAAGAUGCCAGAAGGAGGCUGUUUUUUUUGUACUUGUGAACCUCUUUGAAGUGAUGAGCCCUAUUUGAUUUGUAGUUCAAAAUCCACAGGUGAAACACACAAGUGUAUAAGUAUUUUUUUUAAUAAAUGUAAACGUGAGUGUAAA